CCAAACCCGACGUAACAUUGGAGUACAAGCUUUUGAGUCGAAAGCAUUGUAUUUUGGUCUCUGCCAAUUACUUGGAAAUUUCAGUAGUUUUGGAUGUAGUUUAUCGGUUGGGGAUAUAGAAAACAGCAUCCAGAUAACAAGAUGUGUGGAAGGACGGCCUGCACCCUCGCUCCUGACGAAGUGUGCAAAGCCUGCAGCUCCCGAACUCUCGACAGCAAAGGUAACAAGCAGUAUCGAGCAGCCGCCUGGCGUGACCAUCCAGGGAACCACAAUUAUUCACCGAGACAAAAUGUAGCACCCACGUCCUUCACUCCAGUUAUGUUGAGUGAACGCCAUGUACGUGGAGUGAAGAGACAAAGUGAGGGAGAGGAGGUGCCAUCCAAGUAUGUUAUACAGCCAAUGAUGUGGGGCCUCAUCCCUCCAUUUUAUAAGGGACCUUCAGCCACAGGUCAUGGGUUCAAGACAAACAAUUGCCGUGUGGAAGACAUAGAGGAAAAGAAGUCAUACAAACCUUCACUUCUCAAGGGACAGAGGUGUGUUAUCCUGUGUGAUGGUUUCUAUGAGUGGCAGAGCACAAAGGGAGAAAAAGAAAAGCAACCUUACUUCAUUUAUGCCCCACAACCAGAAGGGGUGGAGAUCUGGAAUCGUGAUACAUGGGACAAGCCUGAUGUUUGGAGUGAAGAGGAAGGCUGGAAGGGACCUCGUUUACUGAAAAUGGCUGGACUCUUUUCCAGUUGGACAUCAUCAGAAGGGGAGGAAGUGAUGAGCUACACAGUAGUGACCAUGGAGUCUGGGAAAAAAUUUGGUGAACUUCAUCACCGUGUUCCUGCCAUUUUGGAAACUGACCAGGAAGUUGAGGACUGGUUAGACCACAGCCGCUUGGGAUACAAGGAAGCUCUUGCAAACUUGAAGAAUGACACAGAAAUAACUUGGCACCCAGUCUCCAAAAAUGUCAAUAAUUCUCGCAACCAAGAAGGGGAUUUGAUGUCUCCAACCAGCCUCGAUCAAAAACCUAAAGAGACUGCCAGCAGCAAGUUGAUGGCUUCAUGGCUAAGCAAAGCUCCUCCCAAACAGAGUGGAAUAAAGAAGGAACCCACAACCCCAGACAGUAUUAAGAAAGAAAGCCAAGCAGCCAAUGUCAAAAAGGAGGUGAAGCCUUCGCCACUUGCCAAGUGGCUUAAAAAGGGACACAAAAAUGAAAAGGAAUGAAGUGGACUUUGUUAAUGUUGAAAUCAUGCUAUAUAAGCCACUUGUGCUUCUUGCUUCUUGUGCAAAGUGAAAAGCGACUAUGUUUACAAAGAACAUUAAGUUUUAUUAUGCUUAGGUGAACAUAAAAGAGACUGGAGAGGGAAGCGAAGCUGAAGACACAUUGUGCUAGUACCUGUCUGAACUAAAGAAAUUUUUAAUUUGACAAAAUUUUGUCAUGUUAGAAGGCACAGUUACAAAAUGUUCUAAUUACCUUGUAACCAUAAGUAAUAUAGUGGUACAAAACUUAUUGGUCUAAGUAUCAUGUAACCAAUAUUAAUAGUGACAAGAAAAUCUAACAUACCUAUGCUAAUAAAAAGGUUCGUUCAUCUGAUAUUUCUUAAAAUUAUUAGAUUAAGAUAUAUAUUUUAAUAAAGAUUUUUUUUUUCUUCUUCUUCUUCUUCUUUUUCUUUUGUAGAGUAAGUGAUGGAACAUUAUAUGCAGUUGUUCAGUAUUGAGUGAUGGAGCUUAGACUUCAAAGAUGUUACCGAAUAGUCAAAAGUGAAAAAUAUGAAAUAUGGGUGAUCUUUACCAAGCUCCUUGUAUUGGAGACACCCUGUGCAUUUUUUUUUUCUGUAUAAAAUGCCUGAAAUGACUUGAUAUUUCUAGUUUAUAACAGUUUGCAAUAUUAUUGAAGCAAAGAUACUCCAAGUUCUCAUGAGUUUUUAAUUUGUGAAAAAGGGACUGAGAAUUCUUCUCUCGCCAUUUUUGAAGUAGAACUGAUAUUAACAGAUGUGACUUGUGAUAAAAAAACAGCCUUAAUUAUAUAACAAGAUAUAUCAUUGUAUCACCCACACAAUAAAGCUCUUCAUAUGCACAAUGAAUACAUCUGUCAUUAUAGAGAUCGCAGUGGUUAGUAUCAUGAAAUCAGGAGAAUAAAAAGG